AGACAAGGCUGGUCGCAAUACGGCAGUGCGCCUGCGCAGAAACUGCUUCCGGGUGAGGUACUGCGCUUGCGCGUCCCUGCCUCUUCCCUUCUCCAGCUGCAGCAAGGUCUCAGGGCUGCAGACUUGCUUCCUCACCAAUGGACCUGGUUGGUUUUGGUUAUGCAGCCCUUGUGACAGUUGGAAGUAUUUUAGGAUAUAAGCGAAGAGGUGGAGUCCCAUCUUUGAUUGCCGGUCUCUCUGUUGGACUUUUGGCUGGAUAUGGAGCCUACCGUGUCUCCAAUGACAAACGAGAUGUCAAAGUGUCAUUGUUUACAGCUUUCUUCCUGGCCACGAUAAUGGGUGUGAGAUUCAAGAGGUCCAAGAAAAUAAUGCCUGCUGGCUUGGUUGCAGGGUUAAGCCUGGUGAUGAUCCUGAGACUGGUCCUGCUGUUGCUUUAACAUCUAGAGGAGCCAAGAGCCAAACCCCCAUCAUUCUACUGUACCUGACUGAGCAGGUUCUUGCAUUUCAAAGAGCAAUUUAAAGAGGUGGCAAAUGUCUUACACCAAAACAAAAAUAAUGUCACCCUAAUAUUGAAAACUAAUUAUCAAUAUUUGUUUCCCUCUUUUUUAUUUAAAGCACACAUUUUACCUGUUUCUGUUUGUUAACCUUGGUCUUUAAUGAGUUGUUAUGUAUUCACUUGCUCUAUCUCAUUUUGUGUGUGGAAUUUGGGGGCCUGCUGUUUUCUGAUUCUGACAAUUCCAAACACUUAUGACCUAGAUAAGUUUAAGUUAAACUGCAGGGAUUCCUGGAGUGAACCACAGGGCAUGACAAUGAGUUGUAUGUCCCUUUGUUACGGUAGGGAUUUUAUUUGUAUUGUCGGCGGGAGUUUUUGCACUGAAGGGAUUCUAUGCUCAGCUCAUUAGUGUCCUGACAGAUUGUACUCAGUAUUCCAAUAAAAUACAUUCCAUUUUCA